AUGGCUAGCAGCGGUAGCAUCAUCAUCAUCAUCAUCACCAACAACAACAUCAUCAUCAUCAUCAUCGGCUGCAUCAUCAUCAUCGUCAUCAUCAUCAGCACCAUCAGCAGCGGCAGCAACAUCAUCGUCGUCGACACUGUUGCUGUUACUAACGCACUUCACCAUUGCUUUUGGCGUAAUGCGGUGGACGUCGCUGUGUUACUUUUUCUUUUCCUUCAGCCAUUCAAAAGAACACUGUAG